AUGGAAAAUGCAAGGUUCAAUAAUAACAUAGAUGGUGAAGAAGCACCAUUUGAAUUUACGAAUUUACUCUCUGAAAUGUUCACAUCUUUCCCUAAUCAAAAUCCAAGCAGUUCUUCAUUACUGGAAAUUCCCAAAAGUACUGCUUUGUCUACUCCUUCUUCUACUUCUACUAAUUCUUCUUCUUCUUCACAGAAUAUUAUUUCUUUUGGAAGUCCAGACUCUAAUUUUCUAGAGGAUGAAGAUUAUGAUAAAGUCAUGACCAGCAGCAUAUCUUCAUCAAUAUCAGUGACUAAGAGGAUAUGUAGAACUCCUUUGCAAUCUCAAGAUCAUCUUUUGGCUGAAAGGAAACGCAGAGAAAGGUUUUCCCAACUUUUUGCUGUCUUGGCCAAAACUAUACCUGGCCUCAAGAAGUUGGACAAAGCUUCAAUUCUUGAAGAUGCUAUCAAGUACAUAGGAAAACUUCAAGAACAUGUUAGGGCUUUAGAAGAAGGUGCAGCUGGGACAAACAGAAACUUAUUGGUUGAAUCAAUUGGCACAGCACAAAAACAAUAUUCUUUGGCUACUACAUCACAUGAUGACAACUCUUUUCUCACUAAGAAUGUUGAUGAAUCAAAACCUGGGAUUAAUAAUAUAAAGGUUCAAAUUAUGGACAAGAACGUACUCAUAGGAAUCCAUUGCAGCAAGCAAAUGAGGAGUAGCUUCUCAAUAAUUGCUGGAAUAAUGGAGAAGCUACAUCUUACUAUUCACCACAUUAGAGUUGCCCCAUCCAAUCAUACUUCUCUUCAUUAUAUCUCCAUUCUUGCCGAGGUAAUUUCUCAUUCUUUAAUUUAUUUUGAAGCUAGAUUAUUUUUGAGUUCUUCAACUGACAAGGUGAGCUUCUGAUUAUUUUGUGGUUAUGCAAAACUGAUUCUAAUUAUAACCUGGUAGGGAAGAAACUGAUUUUGUAUUUACAUUUUUUUUUUCUAAUUAAACUUCCCAGUUUUCAUUUUUCUUAUAGGUUUUUUCUUUUUAUUUUUUUGGGGUCAAUGAGGAACUAUUUACUCCCUGUGUUCAAUUUAUGUGCCACUUUUCUCUUAACAAGAGUCAAGUUGACUAAUCUUUGAAGCUAAACUGGCUUAUAUCAACGUACCAAUUUCUUCAACUAUGCCUGAUCAACGGAUUCUCCAACUGACAUAUCAACGACCUGCAGUCAUGUAGAAUAAUAGCAUUGGUAGGAUUUUCAUUUUUCAAUAAAUUGAUAAUCUCUGUGGAAUCCAUCUCAAUUUCUAGAGGGAAAAGUUGUCUUUGAAGGGUCUGUAUUUAAUUUGUAGAAACCUUUUUUUGUGGAGCACGCCAUUUGAUUGUCAUAUUAGUGAACCCCUAAGAAACUCAUAAGACGUGUACAUGGUAUAUAUAGUUAUCAUAAAUACUCAAAUGUCUUUGCUGAAGUAUUGUGAAGCAUCAAAUGAAUCUUCUAAUACUCAUACUCAUUAUUGCAGAUUGAUCAGAAUGUUGAUAUUAAAGUGCAGGAUGUUGAAAAGGCAUUCGAAUUAGCUCUUCUAAGUACAGCAGACAUGACAGACCAGGCAGACUAAAUUCGACUUUCCACUUUUCUUAUGUCCAAGAUUACUCUAAAGUUAGAAGAACCAUUUGAUUGAAUUCAUGCUUUGUACUAUCAAUAUGGACAACUGCUUCAAAAUAUUCUCUUUUGAGCCAAGAAUCGUUGUUCUAUUGACAUGUUGUGUAGCAAUAGAACUCAUUUGAGCCAUUAUUUGUUCAUCGAGCUUUUGAGACCAAUAUUAUUUGCAAGAAUUAAUUAA